UGGGGUCUUAAAACGUAGAAUGUUAUCUGUUCUUUAAGUGAUAUGUUGACAUAAAUCAAUCGCGUAUUCAGGGAAUGCAAAAUAGGAAACAGCGUACGACCCUUUACGAAAUUUCUGCUGUUUGAGAGGCGUUUGUACCUUCUCGGAAAAAUGAACGGCUAAUAUACUGAUGGCAGCUGAUGAAAGAGCGGCUCGUAGAGAAGCGAGAAGGCGAAGAAUUUUAGAAAAUUCGGAGAACAGGUUGCAGAGAAUAACAGGAAGAUAUGAGAGCGGGUCGGAUGCAAAAGCGGAGUAUUCAACAACAGGUGAAGAAGCAACGACGUGGAAGAGUAGCAUUCAAAAGGAUGCGAUAAAUGGGCUUAUUAGGCCUGUAAAAAUCCAGCAGAAAACUGAAGAACACUAUGAGAGUGCUGGAAGUAAAUAUGCAGACGAAAUACUAAGAAGAGUGCAAAAUUGCAACAUCCCGUACAGCAGAUUAGACAGUCCAAUAGAUGAAACUUCUAAUGAGGCGACAACAGGAGUUAAAGCAGUGGAGCAGCGAACCCACAGAUCACUGUUUUUUGUGUGGAAUCUGCAUUUUGUUUGUACGGCAGUAAUCACAAGAACAUUAUUUGCCUUUGGACUAGGGUACUUAUUUAGUGAGCUUGUGUUUUUACCAUUACUGCUUCUGCUGCUGAGUGAAAUACUGCUGACCAAAACAGUUAAUAGCUCAAGCACUUACGGCAUUUUGGGAGGAGCUCUGAUACUGAUAGGACUGCCUUCACAUUUAGUGACGACUUGUGCCUAUUGUGUGUCUGUAGCUUCCCAUCUGAUUGGUGUUUUUGCCAUCUACCUGGUUUCAUUUACACUCACUGACUGUGUUAUCAACUCACUGACUUCUGCAGACAGUGGGUAGCAGACAGGUGUAAUCAACAACUUUUGACACAGACUGUGCUGGUAAAAUUACUUGCUAUUGCUAUGUGCUGUUAAUUUGUUUGAGAAAUUCAAUAUAUUUACUGAAGUGCUAAUAUCAUGAACUCUUCUACUGUAAAAUUUUGUAAUAGACCUAUGAGGCCCUUCAAAGCUUUACAUAUUGUUUCACACCAGAACACAUAUGAGAGAACAAGUUUUAUACAAAAAAACUGGAUAAAGAAUACACAUGACACUAAUGGCAUUUAUGCAGAAUAGAAAUCGUAAAUACAUGUUACGGCACUAAGUUGUUGCACCUGUUAAAAUACAUAGAACAUCUAUGAUGUUUGUACAAAAAGAAAUAGUCUCUCUCUCUCUCUCUCUCUCUCUCUCUCUCUCUCUCUCUCUCUCUCUCACACACACACACACACACACACACACACACACACACACA